AGUUUCAACGACCAUUUCCCUCUAUCUACCUGUCAACGUAUCCCUAUGACCCUAUCCCUCCUCCGAAACCGCUCUUUUCCUUCAUUUUCUUUUCCCUCUUUUUUAUACAACUUUACCUCGUAAGCUUCCACGCCUCCAAUCCCCAUUUCUUGGGUCACUCCCUGUUGCUGCCACUACUACUACUGUCACUAAUUCAAUUUUUUCAAUUCCAAUUUCCAUUUCAAUUAUGCACAAUUCCUUCUCCCUCUAGCCAUGUCGUCGGAAAGUUCUCCCACGUCGGCGGCUGAGCCCCACGCGCCUCUCCUUCGUUCCCGCCAGGGUUCCUCUGAUGCCCCCAGGACUCCUACCCUCGCGCUCCUUCUCGGCCGCGCCGUCGGCCGUCGGGGACCCUCCAUGCUGGUGCGGGAGACUGCGGCUCGCGAACUGGAGGAGCGGAGGGCUGAUUGGGGCUACUCCAGGCCUGUUGUGGUUCUCGACAUCACGUGGAAUAUGGCCUUUGUUGUGGUGUCGGUUGUGAUGCUUCUUUUGACGACCGACGAGAAGCCUAACACGCCGAUCCGGCUCUGGAUCUGUGGGUACGCCGCGCAGUUAGUUCAUGUGGUGCUUGUGUGGCUCGAGUAUAGGAGGAGGACUGCGAGGAUUUCGCGGUUGCGGAGGGCUCAGGAAGGGGAUAUUGAAGCUCGUAAUACCGACGAUAUUAACGACAGCGAGGACGAUGAAACUGGAGAUGGGAGUUCAUUGAAUUCGUCUCGCGCUGGGUUCGUGAAACGAUGUGAAUCAGUGAAUACCAUGGUUUCAUUCCUUUGGUGGAUAGUUGGCUUUUAUUGGGUAAUCUCAGGUGGCGAGACUCUUCUGCAACAUGCUCCACGUUUGUAUUGGUUGGCUGUUGUUUUUCUGGCAUUUGAUGUCUUUUUUGCCAUCUUUUGUGUUGUUUUGGCCUGCUUGAUUGGCAUCGCCCUCUGUUGUUGUUUGCCAUGCAUCAUUGCUAUUCUCUAUGCAGUUGCUGGACAGGAAGGUGCAUCAGAAGCAGAUCUUAGCUUACUCCCGAAAUAUAGGUUUCGCAUGUUAAACAAUGAGGAAAAGCCUACUGGUGGAGCAGGAUCAAUGGUUCCUUUAGAAACGACUAGUGGGUACCUGGCAAAUGAAAGAGUACUUCUACCUGAAGAUGCGGAAUGCUGUAUAUGUCUCACUUCAUACGAGGAUGGAGUAGAACUCAACGCUCUACCCUGCAACCAUCAUUUCCAUUCCACAUGCAUUGUGAAAUGGUUGAAAAUGAAUGCAACUUGUCCUCUCUGCAAGUACAAUAUUCUUAAGGGAAAUGACCAGGUGUGAACAAAAGCUUACAAAGAACAAGCAGGUUUUCCAAUUGCUGUUGUCUAUAUGUAGAUAUAAUUGCCUAGUCAAGGAACAGGUGACGUUCUCUUUAAUUCCUGGACUUUGCUGCCAUUGUCUGCUUCCAUGGAGGAGAUAGAGAAGAGGAGAAGAGGUUCUUGGAGAAUUUAUUGGUGAAUAAGCGAGAGACUUCUGUCCAUUGUACCUCACUUUGUUUUUUGUUAGUCAUUUUUUAGGUUUAUUGUUUUUGCUUGCCUUGAAUAGUUCUUCAUACAGGGGAAAAAGAAGUUAGUCCAAGUUUCCAGUUUUCGAAUGGUGGAUCUCAUGGAUUUCUUUUAUAAUUUUGCCGUAGAUGCUUGCUUGACAUUCGUUCUGACAGCGUUAUCAUGGUUUCUAUCCCAUUCCUCCUUGUUCACUGAU